UUAGGGUUUAUCAGCGGCUGCCUCCUCUUCAUCUUCCACAUCUUCAAGCUUCCGAAACCCUCGUAUCAGUCGAAGCUCCUUUUCUCUGCAAUCAUGGGGAAGACACGUGGUUUGGGAGCUGGUCGCAAGCUGAAGUCCCAUCGCAGAAGGCAAAGGUGGGCCGACAAGGCAUACAAGAAGUCUCACCUCGGUAAUGAAUGGAAGAAGCCAUUCGCCGGUUCUUCUCACGCAAAGGGCAUUGUCCUUGAGAAGAUAGGCAUUGAGGCUAAGCAGCCAAACUCUGCCAUUAGAAAAUGUGCUAGAGUUCAGCUGAUUAAAAACGGCAAGAAGAUUGCGGCUUUUGUCCCCAAUGAUGGUUGCUUGAACUACAUUGAAGAAAAUGAUGAGGUGUUGAUUGCUGGAUUUGGAAGAAAGGGUCACGCUGUGGGAGAUAUUCCUGGAGUUAGGUUUAAGGUUGUGAAGGUCUCUGGAGUCUCUCUACUUGCUCUCUUCAAGGAGAAGAAGGAGAAGCCUAGGUCUUAAAUUCAUUUCCGUAGAUGGGUUUACUUGGAAACAGGUGUUUCUUCUUUGUUAGUUGUUGAUGUACUUUGUGAAACAAUCCUUUUUGAUAUUUGGUUGUUUUGAAUUCGGAAAGAUCUCUUUUUGACUCUAUUUAUUGCCCACUUCUAUCUUC